AGAAAGCCAACAAAGUAUGGAGCGGCGAUCUUCCCCCCCCCUCCUAAAUUGACACCGCUUUCUUCUUUUUCCCGCUUUCCCCUUUUCUUCCCCAAAGCAUCUCGACACCGUUUGCUUUUGUCAGUUUAUUUGCUUUUUCUUUUUUUAAUUCUGGCCUGGACUUCUUUUGGUCUGGAGAUCAGUUUUCGAGUAACUGUGAAAUAUUCCCAUUGGAACGGUUGUGCGGCGCACAGCUCACUGCUACACGCCAACUGA